UGCGUGUUCGGUUGUGUGUGUGUGCGUUUCAAAACAAUCUCCUGCUCUAUGGUACUAAACAAACAGCGGGAUUUUUUUAUUACACCUUUGGAAUAGGUUUUUAAAAUUUAUCUCGACUAAUCGCAACAAGGGCAUUGCUGCUUGUACAAAAAAUAUUUCUUCAUUCAAAUCCCGCUUCGUGUGUGCAAUGCCCAGUGCAUUGAAGCUGUUUUAGUGCUGUUUAAAAGCAUCGUUUGGUUUAAUUGUUCUUGGGGGUUGUUUCUAAAGUUGCUUGCGCUUGAUGGGUAGCUUGACUGUCAAGAAUAAGGGUUGUUUGGUGUUGCCAGGAACAAACUACUACAUGCCCAGCUGAUAGGGACAAAACAAACGAGGAAAAAAACGGUAACAGCAACUCAGACUCGGUGAUUCAUCGUUUUGGUGUUUAAUUCAGCGCAGUGCAAACGAAUGGCCUGCACAAUUUGUACAAAAUCGUUUGGAUUUUUCAACAAAGAGCAUGGAUGUCCCGUGUGCAAAUUUUCGUUCUGUUCGGGAUGUCUCAAAUACAAGCUGGUGCGUGAUGGGAAGAGGCUAAAUGUUUGUUUACGCUGCUCAAAACUUGCACUUGCGAAUGAACCUCCGAAAGUGGAAGUAACACCACACAGAGGACACGUGCCAACGAGUUCUAAAACAAAUGAGAAUCGAAUUCCGAGUCCUAUCGUGCCACCGGAAGAGCUGAUAGAUGAUGAGCUAAUCCGUAGCAAGCUGAAUGCGCUGAAGGCAAACGACGAAGAGGACCGGAAUGCAACCAACACGGAAACUCCCACAGUAACAGGGGAUAAUGCGGACAUAGAAAGACGUCUGGCAGCUCUCAAGGGCGUUGAGCACAAGGACUAUAAAGAUGCAUCCCAACGGUUUAUGGCACCCGACCAUCGUACCGAGGAACAGAAGGUACUGGAUUUGCUUGGACAGUUUGUGGAGGAAACGAAACUAAUCAACGUUAUGGAGGACAAGCGUACCGAACAGGAUGAAGAAAUUGCAAAACGCUUGAAUGCACUGAAAGAAUUCCCCGGUGGGCAGAUGGAAUCGGGAAGUGGAAAUUCCCGGCCAUCCGUUCUACCGGACAGCGAUUCGGAUGAGGGUUUAACGGAUGAAGAGCUAGCACGGAAGUUAGCCAAAAGAUACGCUGAAGAGGGGAAACUGGAGGCGAAACUAUCCUUGGAAAACGAAUUGGAAGAGGAACCAUCAGUUCCUUCCAAUAGCGAAGAGGAACUGCCUUGGUGUACCAUCUGUAACGAGGAUGCAACGAUAAGGUGCCGCGGAUGUGAUAAUGAUCUGUACUGUAAAGCGUGCUACAAAGAAUUUCACUAUGAUGAAGACCCACGGGAACAUCCAACCGUUCCAUUUAAAGGUGGUGGAAAAGGCACCAAAAACGUUUGAUGUUGUAAAAAUCAGAACACUGCAUCCUUAUUGCGCGAGACUUCACAGCUUACAAAAAUUGUUGAUAACUAUUACACAUACUUACUGUAUCUUUUCGAACCACAAUAACUAGCAAACGCUGCUAUAUAGUCUUCUGCUUAGGAUAGCUUUAUUCCGAUACAAGCGGUGCGAAGACUCAAAGUUACAAGGUAAGAGGAAAAAGAAAAUUUGUUGAAUGAAAAAAUAAUAGAAAAUAUAUCUUCCGCUAAUAGUAGUGUUGAGGGCCAUUUACUUCAUGGUGGACUCCAAUGCAACGUUUGCUGAACGCUUUCUAAUCUA